UCCCCGUGGCUUUUCGCUAAAUAUCAGCCUAAGAACGUUUUCAGCAGCUUGCGUACUGUUGCUACAGACGUAGCACUCUAAAGGCAUGACCAAGGACUGUUUUGCAAAGUUAGGUCAGUGUAAUCGCGGAGUUUCACCCUGAAGAGAACAACAAGCGUCAAUCGGACGGACUGAGCUGCAAUGCAAUCCGUAAAACCACUUGGACUUGGUUGAAAUAUAGGUGAAACUGCAACUCUAAUAUUGUGCCGUGCCUCUGCCAUGGAGCCUCACCGGACCCACGUAAAGCAAGAGGCCGGCCGAAUUGUCACCUGUAUUUGAUUUUUCGGAUGCCAAAAUGUUCGUGAAGGACUAACCAAGAAGGAACGCAAGUAAAUUGUGUGGAUUCUCAUCGAUAUUACCAACUUCGAUGUAAACCAGCCUGUGAGCCAAAAGUUAUUGCAAUAGCUCCACCAGCUGAGCCGUGGGAGGUACCUCGCGAGCAGCAAGAUGAUUACGAUCAUUGAUAUUACUUAAUUCCUGUGCCCGUUACUUGUAGGCAUUAGUCGAUUUUAACGAGAUUCGCUGUGUUAAACUGAUAGCCAAGAAGACGAUCCGUUUUGAAUGCCGUUACUGGAAGACUUUCACCAAGCCUCUCAGGAAUAGUGGGGUGGUCUUUUGAAAGUUUUUCUGGGCAUUUUUUCUCCCCAAGACCUCCCAUAUCGGGCUUUUGAAUGUGUUUUAUGUUGGCAUGUUGGACUAGUGGAUAGAGCAGUGUUCCACAGCUGUUGAAAGCGACCUAGAAAUCAUACAAAUUGGAUUGCGCAGUUUGAAAAAGGGAACUCUGGUCAUUUACCUUUCUGUUGGCACCUGUGUCCGUCAACCAUGUCCUCAAAAGACAAUCCCUGUCGGAAAUUCCAAGCCAAUAUUUUCAACAAAAGUAAAUGUCAGAACUGUUUUAAACCGAGAGAAUCUCAUUUAUUGAACGACGAGGAUUUAAACCAGGCUAAACCUAUAUAUGGAGGCUGGUUGCUGCUUGCCCCAGAGGGGACAAACUUCGACAAUCCCUUGCACAGAUCUCGGAAAUGGCAGAGACGGUUCUUCAUCCUGUAUGAGCAUGGGUUACUGCGCUAUGCCCUGGAUGAGAUGCCCAGCACGUUACCCCAGGGCACCAUCAACAUGAACCAGUGCUCCGACGUGGUGGACGGGGAGUCACGCACGGGCCAGAAGAACUCCCUCUGCAUCUUCACCCCGGAGAAGGAGCACUUCAUCCGGGCGGAGUGUCGCGAGAUCAUCAACGGGUGGCAGGAGACUCUGACGGUCUAUCCUCGGACCAACAAGCAGAACCAGAAGAAGAAGCGCAAGGUGGAACCCCCCACCCCGCAGGCUGGAAUAUCUUCAAGUCGACGGUUUUCCACCGGGGACAUGAACGGACAUGCUGAGCCCGGCCCAGCCAAGAUGGCGGUGACCAGCAGCAGCGGAGGCGUGGGGGUGGGAGGAGGGGGCAGCAUCUCCUGCCUGCCCAGCAGCAUCGCCAGCGCCGAGCGGGUCCAGCCCAGCCGGGCCAGCCUGUGGCAGGAGGAGAGCCGCUGGACGCGCUCCAGCGUCCCCUGCAGCCGCAGCGCGUCCUGCCUCAGCCAGCUGGGUCAGAGCCUGCCGGCCGCCAGCCCUGUGGACACCCGCGAUGACAGCAGCACCCUGAGCAGCGGUCGAAAGGUACGAGUGGAGAGCGGCUACUUCUCCUUGGAGAAGACCAAGACGGAGCCCCCUCCCCAGCCCCCCCUGCACCUGCCCCUGUCCUCCUCCUCCUCCUCCUCCACCCUCCUCUCCACGUCCACCACCGCCGCCUCAGGGGCCCCACAGCACAGGUACAGCCCCUCGGACUCAGACCUCUCCUCCUUCUACCCCUCCCCAGACUCCCUCCCCCCCCCGUCCUCCCCCGGCGCCCCCCUCCUCUCUCCCUCCUCCUCUGGCGCCCUCCUGUCGCCCUGCUACUCCACCAUCAGCUCCUCCCAGAGCUCGCUGGACUCGGAGCCCAGCAGCAGCGCUCCCAGCUGGGAUGGUCGUGGCGGCGGCGGGGGCAGCUCUGGCUCGGCCGUCGGAGGAAGGGCGGGCCGAGCGGGCAGGGAGUACGUGGCGCUGUCGGAUGUGCCGCGGGCGAGGCGGCUGAGUCACCGCGAGGCGUUCCGCUCCGACAAGAAGCGUCAGGAGCUGAGGGCUCGCACACGCAGCCCAGGUCGAGAGGAGGUGGCUCGGAUAUUUGGGGAGGAACGCAGGCGUUCGCAGGUGAUUGGCCGGUUUGAGUCGGUGGAUGGCGAGGAGCAGAUGGACACCAGCACCUCCACAGAGCCUUCCUCCAGCAGUGCGUCCGUUCAGCGGCAGGGGCGCAGCGAGAAGCGCCCCCUGUCCUACAAGCAGGACAUGUCAUUGGACGCUGCUUAUCAACGCUCAAUUCCGGAUGUGUCAAGCUCCUCCCUCUUGAACUUCCGCAGAGCCAAGUCACUCGACCGUAGAGUGACCGAGUCUUCCAUGACGCCUGAUCUGCUGAACUUCAAGAAAGGAUGGAUGACCAAGCUAUAUGAAGAUGGCAUGUGGAAGAAACACUGGUUUGUUCUGACUGACCAGAGCCUGAGAUACUACAAAGAUUCUGUAGCUGAGGAGGCUGCGGACCUGGACGGCGAGAUCGACCUGUCCACCUGCUACGACGUCACCGAGUUUCCUGUCCAGAGAAACUACGGCUUCCAGAUCCUCAGCAAGGAGGGGGCAUGCACCCUGUCAGCCAUGACCUCCGGAAUCCGCCGGAACUGGAUUCAGGCCAUCAUGAAAAACGUGCGGCCCACCAUCGCCCCUGACGUCACCCGGAAAAACAUCUCUCUGAAACUAUCCGUUCUGAAGCCCAGCUCCCUACCAGAAGAGAAGGCCAAAGCGCGGGUGGUGUUGGAGCCUUGUCUCCAGCCCUCCCUGGACCCCAGCCCCAGCUCCGAGGCCGCCCGGGUGGAGGUGCACACCCAGAGGCUCGCGGACGGCGUCCCCGCGUCGGAGCCACGCAAGAGCCGGAUCCGAGAGCGACGGCGGGAAGGCCGCUCCAAAACGUACGACUGGUCCGAGUUCCGACCGGGACAGACGGGGGACGAGACGAAGAUGGAGCGGGCGGACACGGCUCACCUCGGCCCCGCCUCCUCCUCCUCUUCCUCCACCUCUUCACUAGCUUCCUCCCCGGUCUCCACCACCUCCUCCGCCCCGACGUCCUCCUCCAUCUCCGCCCCUCCUCCGCCCUCCCAGGCCUCCUCCUCCACGCCGGCCGAGGGGGUGGACCUGGAGCGGGUGCGCCGGCGCGACGAGAGGAGGCGCUGUCUCCAGCACUCCCCCAACACGGUCACCGUAACCAUGACCACCACGCUCAACACCGCCGUGGGUCUGGAGCCCAAGACGCCCGAGGACCAGGGCAGGAUGGAGGUGGACCGACCGGCCGCCCUGCAGCCAGACCCCAGCGGGGAGAGGGCGGGCCGGCCCCCUGACGUUCAGGUGGAGAUCGAGCAGCGAUGGCACCAGGUGGAAACGACGCCGCUUCGGGAGGAGAAGCAGGUGCCCAUCGCCACCACGGCGGGCAGCUCCUCCGACUCUCCUGGACUGCCCCCGCAAGACCUAACCGCUCUGCUUGACAAAGAGCUGGACCAAACACAGAAGGAGUUGGCCAAGCUGCAGGAGCAGAACAGUCUUCUCCAGGAGCAGUUGCAGGACUCCAGAGGGAGAGAGCUGAACGCCAGGGAAGGCUACGUGCUGCAGAGUGCCACACCACCCUCCUCCUCCUCUUCUCCACAACCGGCACCAUGGCAACACUUGCACAAGCUCAAUCAAGACUUGCAGAGUGAGCUGGAGGCCCAGAAGCGCAAGCAGAACCUGGUGCAACAGCAGGCUCAGACUCUGAGGAGAAGCUACACUGAAGCCCAGGAUGCCAUCGGACACCACGAGGCCGACAUCCAGACCCUCCAGGCUAAGCUGAGCUCCGCCAUGGCCGAGAUCCUGUCCAGCGAGCAGGCCGUGGCUCGCAUGCGGAACGAGCUCAAGCUGGAGCAGGAACGCUCCCAGGAGCAGGAGGAGGACUGGGGGCGCAGCGAGGUCACCCUCCGGGCCCAGCUGAGGGACAGCGAAGACAGGCUCCGCGAGGUGGAGGCCAGCCUCCUGGAGAGAAGCCAGGCCCUCCGGCACCUGGAGUGCCAGCAGGCCCUGCAGAGGGACCACCUGAAGGAGGUGCAGAGGCUCCAGGAGAGGCUGCAGGAAGUGACGGCACGCCUCAGCGCGACAGAGGAGGGCCAGGCGCUGAAGGAGGAGCGCCUGCGCAAGGAACAGCGCUGCCUCCAGGAGAACCACGAAAGGGAGAGGCAGGUCCUCGUGCGGAGGCUGGCCGAGGUCGAGACCGGCAGGCAGGGAUUGGAGGAGAAGCUGCUGGAGGCCGAGCAGCAGGUGGGAGCCUUGCUGAGGGGAAGACGCGCCUCCGGAGGGGUGGAGGGGAGGCAGGAGGUGCUGCGGCUGAAGGAGGAACUGGCCCAGAGGACGGACAUGGCGGAGACCCUGAGGGAGAGUGUCCGCAGGCUGGAGGAAGAGAAGGGCCAGCUCACCUGCCGCUGCCAGGAGCUGCUCAACCAGAUCUCCGAGGCCGACCGCGAGGUGACCAAGCUCCGGAGCCGACUGGAGACGGAGGAGGAGGACUACUACACACUGGAGCACUCCUACGAGAAGGUGUCCGAGGAGUUUCAGAAGAUCAGCCGCGUGCUGAGAGAGAACGAGGAGGAGAUCCGGCAGACGAAGGAAAUGUACGAGAGGCUGGUGGAGUGCAAAGAGGAGGACCUGAAGGAAGCCCUCGUGAAAAUGGCCGCCUUGGGCAGCAGCUUGGAGGAGACGGAACUGAAGCUGCAUGCCAGGGAGAAGCUCCUCUGUCAGGUGGGUCAAGGCUUUCUAGGUCGAACUGAGCCCUGCAGUGCUGAAAAAGACCUGCAGGCCAAGCUUGUGGUGGCGGAGGACCGCAUCGCAGAGCUGGAGCAGCACCUCAGCGCCCUGCAGCUGGGCUACGCCAACCUUCGGAUAGAACGGCAAAGGGACGAGGUGGUUCCCUACGCUCAGGAAACGACCAAGGAGAGCGACGCCACCUCCGCCUCCUCCUCUUCGCUAACAAACACAGAGUCCCUCCAAACCUUCUUGACCGGGUCCGACGCGAAGACCUUUUCGGACUGCGAGGAGUCUCAAGCCAAGCGGCCAAGGAUACGAUUCUCCAGUAUUUCGUGCCAAAAAUACAUCGCCUCCGAGGGUCUGGACAUGAAUCAGCCAGACAACCCCUCCUCUGAAAUCUGCCAAGAUGCCAGCCAUGAGAUCGACGCAGGUUUCCCUCCUUCCGAGGAGACCGCCAACUCCAGUGUUACAUUCCAGUUUUGUAGUGACCCAGAGAAGUUCAUCUCCAUCAUACACGCCCUGGAGACCAAGCUGCUGGCUACUGAGGACAAGCUGAGGGACCUCACCCAGAAGCUUGAGCGACAGCAGGCCUCUCGACCGGCCGAGCUGCCAGACGAACAAGACAUGGGAGCAGAGCUCCAGGACAUCAACACGAGGUUCCAACAUGACGAGACAUCACAUGGUUCCUCUUCCAUUCCUGCGUCAGAGUCUCAGAUAUGCGUCGCUAAUAGCGAGUACAUCAAGGCCCUAGCCUGUGUGGAAACAAGCCGGGAGAAAGUCAAUGUAGUUCUCAGUCUUCAUAGCCAAGGUAGCACAGACUCGCAGCUCAAUGCCCUGUUAGAGAUAGAGAAUGAGUUGGUCAAUGCAACGUUUUAUAUUAGACAGGGGGAAAAGACAUUGGAAGCACGUUCACCGGAGGUCCCACACAGUCAAACCCAAGAGACCCUUCAGUGUAGCGGCAAAGACUUGGAUGAGGAAACCAUGCAUCUCUUUGCCAAAACUCUGUCUUUCGAGGCGAUGGUUCUGAACAAGAUGGCUUUAAUGAUAGGGAAUCCAAAGUCGGACCUCUUGCAAGGUCUCAACGAGAUAUGUCAGGAGACUGAGAACAUCAGAAGAAGCGAUGGGGAUUGCUUGGCAAUUGUGUAUGCAGACGUCCUGACCAGGAAGUUGAUGUUGGAGAGUGCGUUCUGGACAGAAGUGGAUCAAAUGGAGCCUCACUGUCAGCGGAUGCCAGGUGAUGGCACAGAUGUGGUCAGAACAACAGAAGAAAGCAGUUCGGUUGACGUGAACGAUACUGUCAUCUUUAACACCUGCUUGAAAGCUGAACUAGUGUACUCUGUUCAGAACCUGAAGCACUUUUAUGAGGAUAAGUUCAAAAUUCUCAAACGGGAAUUAGCCCAGGCUCACAAUAACCUGCAGCAAAGGGAACUGACACUAAAAGAGAUAAUCAAAGCUUCUAAUAAUCCUGAUUUGGAAAAAGUAAUUCAUGAAGUUAGCUGUGGAUUGAACGUUGGUCAAGAGCAGGUUUUAUCUGAUAGUGGUCCUUCUGAACUUGCUCCCUACAUGAAGCAGAUUGAAAUGGAAGAGGCCAAAGACAUGGCGGAGGAUCUUGUAGAUAGACAUUUAGCUGGAGAGGCGCCAUCUUGUAGUGUCGACUCCAUCGAGUCUCUGCAAGUCGGCCAAGAGAACCUUGUUGCAGAACUCAGGAGACAGGCAGCCAUCCUCCACAGAUUUUCUGAACUGAUGGAGAGUGGAGGCCACAAUUCUGGCAUAGCCAAUGUAAUUCGAACGCACACAGGGUACCGUAAUACUCCCAACUUGGCCAGUAGCUCCCUGUGCAUGCGUGAUGCCCUCAUCCAGGCCCAGGUGGCCUAUGUCGCCUGCAGACUUCAAGCUGACCACCAGCGGGACUUGGUCCGUUGUCGACAAGCAGACCAAAACAUGGACGUCCUGGUCCAAGAGCACGCCCGCAGCAUGAAUGCCAUCCGGGAGCGCUACGAGGCGUCCCUGCAGGAGCAGCACCAUGGCUUCAACCGCACCGUGUCCACCCUCCAGGAGGAGAACCAGAGCCUGCGGGGCGAGGUCACCCAACGCAUGGACCAGCUCUCCCAGCAGCGGGAGCAACUCGGCCUCCUGGAGGAACGCUUCCAGAGGGAGACUGAGGAGCUGAGGCAGAGGCACCAUCUGGAGCUCAGCCAGGCAGGUCAGGGCCUGGCUUCCACCCAGCUGGCCCUGAUGGAGACCACCGCCGACAGCCAGCGGAAGCUGGAAGUCCUGCUUGUUGACAUGGACACCAUGGAGGAGCGGCACGAGGGGCACGUGAGGAGACUGGAGGAGCAGUACCAGGGCAAGAUCAGAGAGCUGCAGCAGGUCCACGACGAAGAGAUCCAGAAACUGCAUGCCUACUACAUGGAGACGAUCCGUUGCAUGCAAGAACGAGAAGGUGGUUUGACGCAAAACCGAGAGGGCGCUCGGACUGGAAGUGUUGCCCCGCCCGCUGAGCAAACGUGGCCAAUGGAGGAAGAGGAGGAGGGUAAGGGGGAGGGGGGUCAGGCCAGGAAGGAGCUGGACCCCAUGAUGGUCCUGAAGGAGAGAAUCCAGGAGCUGGAGACCCAGAUGGAUACCAUGAGGGACGAGCUAGAGCACAAACACAUGGAGGGAGAUGUGGCCAGCCUGAGGGAAAAAUACCAGAGAGACUUUGAGAGUCUUAAGGCCACAUGUGAGCGAGGCUUUGCUGCCAUGGAAGAGACCCACCAUAAGGUCAUCGAGGACCUUCAGAGGCAGCACCAGAGGGAGGUGUCCAAGCUCCUGGAGGACAAAGAGAGGCUCCUGGCCGAGGAGACUGCUGCCACUAUUGCUGCUAUUGAAGCUAUGAAGAAUGCACAUAAAGAGGACAUGGAGAAGAACCAGCGGUCCCAGCUGAGCGGACUGAACUCUGACAUUGACGAGCUGCGCUUACAAUACGAGGAGGAGUUGCAGUCCAUCCACAGGGAGCUGGAGGUGCUGUCGGAGCAGUACUCCCAGAAGUGCCUGGAAAACGCCCACCUGGCCCAGGCGCUGGAGGCAGAGAGGCAGGCCCUCCGCCAGUGUCAGAGAGAGAACCAGGAGCUCAACGCACACAACCAGGAGCUGAACAACCGUCUGACAGUGGAGAUCACACGCAUGCGCUCCUGCUUCACUGGGGAAAUGGCCCUGUCGCCCAUCAGCAAGGGAAAAGACCUGUAUGAGCUGGAGGUGUUGCUGCGAAUCAAGGAGUCGGAAAUCCAGUAUCUUAAACAGGAAAUUCAUUCGCUAAAAGAUGAACUUCAGUCUGCUUUACGAGACAAGAAAUAUGCCACAGACAAGUACAAGGACAUCUACACUGAGCUAAGCAUUGUGAAGGCCAAGGCUGACUGUGACAUCACCAAGCUGAAGGAGAAACUAUUGGCUGCCACAGAAGCCCUGGGGGAUCAGAAUGUUGAUGGUGUUGCCCCUGGAUACGAUAUCAUGAAAUCAAAAAGUAAUCCCGAUUUUCUGAAGAAGGAGAGAUCAACUCUCUCACGGCAGAUCCGAGGAGUAAGGUCAAAGUCUGUGACUGAACAGAUGUCGUGGGAUAGCUGACAGCCCUUCCCUGUGAUAGUCUAAAAGAGGGACUGACUGUGCAGGAACGCAUGAAGCUAUUUGAGGCUAAAGAUUCUAGAAAGAUUUGAAACAUUAUUGUUAUGAAGUUUCCUUCUCACAAUCACACAGAAAACCCUUCACACAGUAAACGGACGCCCUCUGUGACGAUGGCGACCGAUUCACUGACCGCAGCCAUGUGCUCCGACUUGUUAGCCUCUUCAUGUAUUUUUGUUUUUGAGCUUUUAUUCUCUUUUUUUGCUUGUUUACAUUGUUUAAUAUAUCCUGUGUAAAUAUUUUUGGCUACAGGUGUUAUUAUCAAUAAAUGGUCUUUGAAAUGGUGGAAAUCGUACACAGCGAAUUAUCCGUAUUUGUUGCUGUUUUGGGAACAUUUAUUCCUCAUGACCUGAUUGGCCUUAUCAGUCUCUUAAUCCACUGAAAUGCCAAAACAAAUGGGUGUAUACAGUAUGAAUAAUAUCUUUUUACCAAUACAAAUUCAUUGAAUAUCUGCUGUAGUUGUUACACACACAAUGUUUCUAUUUUGAUUUUUUUUAUUAUUAUGAGUGUCUGAGAAAUAGGCAGCGGUGCCAGUUGACUUAACUACUGGAUGAUGUGGAAGUGAUUUGCCAUAAUCAUGGGGGCAACUGCUGUACUGUAAUGAACUAUGGUGUGUUUGACAUUGAAACAGAAAAUGUGAUGAUGUGCUUAGCGUGAUGAUGUAUGAGAGAAUUUUAUAACUUUAUUAUAUGCGUGUUUGUGUGUUGUGGUAAGGAGAGUGGGGGAAGGGGGUUGCACUUAUCACUUGAUUACUUGAGAAAACCGAGCAUUGCUUUUUGCCCACUUUGGUGUAGUGGCUUUUAGCCAACAUUACCGAGCAAACAAACUUCUGUCAAACGGUAUCUUAAACAUACUUAUUCGCUACCGAUACCAAGAUUUUUUUUCUUCUCGAAUGCAUCAAGGAAUUGAGAUUGUCAACCAUUAGCUGUUUUGGAUUUCGUUUGAAGUUUUCUUCACCAAAUAGUUGACACGUGUAGGAUUUUGCAUGAUUGUGGUCAUUUGAAAUAGUGAAUGAUAUGUUCCUCUCCUUUUCAUUCUUUUGUGUUGCAUUUGAACAGAUCCCACACUUCUAAGCUUGCUUUGUCCUCUUGUGGUUUGGAUUUAAGAUUCUUUAUCCUCGUGAUGAUGGCUUCCCCUAAAGCACUUGGUCCAAUACUCUGACCUCACAUCUUUUUGUCUUUGUGCCUCAACUGAGUGAAGAAAACACACAUCCACAUGAACCUGUGCAGCUAUGGUAACACUGUAUAGUAUUCAAAGCACGCCAUGUAAAUAUUUGCCACACAGGAAAGUUUUGUGCUGUUUUAAUCUGUACCUUGCUUACUAGCUCAAUAUGAAAUAUCUAAAUAUAUAUUAAUAUUUUUUAUUUUCGUUUGAAUGUACAAUGUCAAAUAAAUGAAUUAUUUCUGAACCUUA